UAAAAAGUUGAAAUGAAAAGUGAAAGUGUAACUCGAUUAUGACGCAGAUAAAAACAACAAUCAGACUUAAGAAGAAAUCUAUUUAAAUAAUUUUAAAUUAAAAAAAAAUUAUUGUUCAUUUCUUGCCUUGAAAGCUUACAGGAGUAAAACAUCUGUGUUGGGAAUAUUGGUCUACUUUAAACUUUAAAAGACUGCAGCACUGAUAAAAAUGCUAAUUUUGCUGUAUUUGUCGUCAUGCUUAACAGUCAUUAAUGCAGGUUCUCACUCACUGAUGGUUUUUGCAACAUAUGCUGUUGGGCAGACCCCAUUUCCUGAAUUCAGUGUUGUACUGAUGCUGGAUGAUGUGCAAAUAGCGUAUUAUGACUCAAACGCAUUGAGUGUUUUUUAUCGCAGUUUUACUGAUUCAAAGUACUUUGACGAAGAGAAAAGUGAUGCUGAAGUUAUUUUUCGACAUAUAUAUGACAGCAUAAAAAAGAGAGCAUCAAACCUGAGGCAACACCUGAAUCACACAAAUCGUGUAGAUGUUUAUCAGAGACUGGCUGGAUGUGAACUAGGCAAUGAUAAACCUGGUCUACUUCAGAGCUGGGAUGCUUUCAAUGGACAAAAUGUAGAGGAGUUCACCUUUAACAUAGAGAAAGAUGACAUUCAGAUGAAAAUGCCAUGGAUGAUAACAUGGGAUCAAGUAAAACGGCUACAUGUUAAGUUUUUGUAUGAAAACAUUUAUCAUCCUGUUUGUAUUAAAACAUUGCGGAGGUACCUGAACAUGGAGAAAAACAUUGUGAUGAGAAAGGUUAAACCUAGGGUCAGACUUCUGAAGAAGACCCUUAAAGACACUGAUGGGGUCCAGAUCACCUGCCUGGCAACUGGAUUUUACCCCCGUCACAUGAACUUGACCCUAUCCAGGGAUGGUCAGGCUGUGGAUGACGUCCAGAUCACUGGAGGAGACCUUCUGCCCAAUGGAGACGGGACAUAUCAGAUGAGGAAGAGUUUAGUGAUCAGUGCAGAAGAACUGCAUGACUACAACUGCACAGCAAAGCAUCUCAGCUUAGACAACAAACUCGACAUCACGUUUGUUACAGAUGUAGAAGUUGUCGAUCUGGGAUCACUUUUUAUAGUUGUCAGUGUGUUGGUGUUAUUAGUUGUGGCUGUUCUCAUCAUAACUGCAAUCAUCAAGUGGAGGAAGAGACAUGCUAAAGGGCGAGGCGCUGGGACCUUACAUAGUACUUACGCUCUCACUCCAACUUUAUUGAAUGAACCUGAAAAGUAACUGUCAAGUGUAUGGCAACAAAGUUGGAGUAUGUUCAAUGUACACAAGAUGCAACACAAAACACUAAACCCAUGUAUGGCCUGAAAUCAUACAGUAUUAUUAUUUAAGAACACUAUCUGCACCUUAGUAUUCAUAGUUUGCUUGCUGUAUUUUUUAUAUUAUUCCAUACACAAUGAUUUUUGAAGUAUUUGCAAGAUGUACACUUUCCUCGUGUGUCAAUGUUCCUGUGAUGGUUGCAUAUUUCAUAUGUGUAUAUCUUGUCCAUGAAACAUUUUGGUCUGAAGGCAUUUUACUUGUGUUUAAAUGAAGUUUAUUGUUAUAUUGGAUUACAUUAUGUUCUCUAAGUAACUCCACCAGAUAGUCGCUUAAAGAUGCCUGUCAUCAACUUAAAAAAGUUAUGUGCACCAUUUGUUCAUCAGAGUAUUGUAUCUGCCGUAGAUAUGUAGAAUGUUGGAAAAAAAGACACCUGUGAUGUCACAAUCAGUGUUGGGCAAGUUACUGAAAAUUAGUAAUUAGUUACAGUUACUAGUUACUUCUUUUAAAAGUAAUUGAGUUACUCGGCCAGUUACUGUAUAUCAAAAGUAAUUAGUUACUAGGGAAAGUAACUUUUAAGUUACUUUUAUGUCUGCUUUUUAAAUGUGAAUAUGAACAGUACUGAACAGUCAAACAAUUAAAUUAUAUGGAUGGGUUAUUUUACACGUAAGACUCUAAACGGGAUCGCACACCGGCCGCGCAGCGCCACGCCGUUCUAAAAAAAUUAAACAGAUUGUUUUCUUGGAGUGUACGCACACCGGCGCCGCCCAGCUGUGACUCAGGAAGUUGUUCAAAUCCCUGUCGCGCCACACAGCGCCACUCACAUAGUUUAACAUUACAUAACAUCAUAUGUGUCCCAAAUCAUUAACAAGUAACAUUGGCUGCUAACGUAUAUUUUGCAUUUUGAAGUAGAUGCUAUCUGACGAAGCUCGCGCUAUUUAAUGUGCACUUCCGGUUUGCAAUACCUCCGAGUUCUCCUAGGCGCGACGCUGAACUGUGCGGCCGGUGUGCGAUCCCCUUAAAUAUCACAUACUGUAGGAGCCUAUAUUUUGCUUUAGAUUCAGCCGUUGAAUAUUUUUGUUAGAAAUUAUCUUAAUAUGUAAGCUUAGUUUAUUUAUGUAUAUCAUUUAUACCAUUUAGACAAAUAUUCUGUGUGUUUACAUUGAAAAUAUAUAGUGUGUUAAAAUUGUGUAUUGUCUCUUUAAGAAUUUGGAGACAAUUGUGUCAACAUGUCAUAUUUUCAAAAAUAAAUUAUAAUUUUUCUGAUUCCAUAUUUAUUUUAAUAAGAAACGUCUCUGAUGUGUCCUGCUGACAGGCGCGGUGUGCGCGUGCAGCAGCUGAGGCAAAUUAUGGGUCCUCCGAAGGUUAGACCGUUUCAUUUCAG